AUGCCCGCGGAUUAUUCAUCCACCGCCCGGGCGCUUUCGGUCUCAACCUCGUCCCCCGAGCCGUUGUCCCCGUCGGAGGACGAUGCCUAUCCGCCAUGGAGCCGGAGAGCACCUGGCAGGCGGAACUCCGCCAGUCUCUCCGGCGGACGAGCCGCUUCUCUCCGGGAUCAACUCAUAGACCGAGCCACCCAGAUGUUGCACCGGAUUCGGGAAGCAUGGCGCAAGAUGAACUUUUGGCAAAGAGUCGGGGCGGUGGCCGCCGUCCUAUUGGCCAAUUUUCUGGGAAUUGGCUUUCUGGUCUUCACCGGCAAGGUAUUCAUCUGGAUUCAGCCUGUGGCUGCACAAUGGGAGAAAUCCUCUCUAGCGUACUUUGUUCUGUGGUUGUGUGUGUUCUUUGUCUCUUUCCCGCCGUUGGUUGGAUGGUCCACAUUUGGAACUGUAGCAGGAUACCUCUUUGGAAUCUGGAAGGGGUGGCUUCUUUAUGCUUCGGCGACCGUCCUCGGGUCGACUUGUUCUUUCAUUGUGUCUCGGACGAUUCUGUCCAAAUUCGUCCAACGUCUGACGGAACGCGACAAACGAUUCGCGGCUCUGUCAUUGACACUCAAAUAUGACGGGCUCAAGCUACUGUGCAUGAUCCGCCUCUGCCCACUGCCCUACUCUGUCUGCAAUGGGGCGGUCUCCACUUUCCCCACGGUGAAUCCGUUGAUGUAUGGUCUGGCGACGGCACUGAUCUCUCCCAAGCUGCUCGUCCCGGCCUUCAUCGGCAAUCGGUUGCGAGUGCUGUCGGAAAACAAUGAGGAGAUGAGUGCGGGCUCGAAGGCAGUCAACAUUUGCAGCAUCAUUGUCUCGGUUUCGAUUGGAAUUUUCACUGGUCUAUAUAUCUAUAGAAGAACGUUGGCCCGGGCCAAAGAGUUGGAAGCCAAAGAGAGGGAGGACAUCCGGCGCUCGCUCCACGCGGACCACGCGGCCCAUCGCCCCCAUGGAGCUUUUUCCGAGGACCUGGACGUGGACAGGGCCGCCACGACCCUUGCGCGCGAUGAAGAGGAACAGAUUGGAUUUGCCGAUCUCGAUGACGACCACGUAGACCUCGCGAUUGACGACGAGAGCGGCAGUGAGACCUCCCCCCACCGUACCAAAGCCACCCCCUAUCGUGACGAGUUUACCGACAACGAUUCAGAUAUCUUCCGGGACGGAGACGGGGCCAGUGAGGAGAUGUAUACCCUACAUACACAUGUGCGGAAGCCUUAG